AUGGAUUUAGAUAGCUCCGACGAAGAAAUAUAUUUGUUAGCAAGAUUACUUGAAAUAGAACAUAGGAAACGUAAGCGCAAGCGGAAACAAAUAUGGGUAAAACAUAUUUGGAAAAACAGACUAAUCCAUGGGGAGUUUCACACCAUUUUCGAGGAAUUGAAGAGAGAUAGCCUAAAAUUUUAUGAGUAUUAUCGUAUGGAAUAUUGGCAAUUUUUGAAAUUGACAGAUUUGUUAAGAGUACAUAUAACAAAAAAGACUACAAAUUAUCGUUGCACCAUUACAGCCGAAGAAAGGUUAACGGUAACUUUAAGAUUCCUCAUCACUGGUUGCAGUUUCAAAAACUUGUCAUUUAAUUUUCGAAUGGGAAUUUCUACAGUUCAUUCAAUUAUUCAUGAGACAAUCAGAGUAAUUUGUGAUGUUUUGAUGCCCAUAGUUAUGCAGAUGCCAGAUGAAGAAAUGUGGGAAAAGUACAGUGUUACUAGCUGUGGUCGACGCGAAAUACAGUUUUUUAAUUGUUGAUGUCGGAUCAUAUGGUAAAAAUAGCGACGGCGGAAUUUUACAGAAUUCAAAAUUUUGGAAAAAACUCAACACCAAUAAGUUAAAGCUGCCCCCAAAUAAACCUCUACCUAGUACCACUGAAAGCUUACCACAUGUUUUUAUAGGAGACGAGGCAUUUCCUUUGAGCAAUAAUAUAUUGCGGCCGUAUCCAAGAGAACAAGCAAGAACAGAAUUAUCAAAAAAAGUAUUUAAUCUGCGUUUAAGCAGGGCAAGAAAAGUCGUAGAAUGUGCAUUUGGAAUGCUAACUCAAAGAUUUGAAAUUUAUCAAAAACGAAUGAAAAUUCAGCCGAAGUACUGUGAUUUAAUUAUAUUAGCAACUACAUGUUUACAUAAUUUUUUAAUAGAAAAUCGGACGCCAGGACAAGAGAAUGAAUUUCACAGCAAUAUAAAUUUAUUAACAGCAAUAACAGACAAUAAUAAUGAAAACAGUUCUAAUAGCGACGCAGUUCUAACCACAAGGAAUAAAUUUAAGGAUUAUUUUUCAUCAAGUGGUGCUUUAGAUUGGCAAGAUCAAGUGGCUACGCGAGUUUCUUAAGUUAUAUUUAAUAAAAAUUGUCUACUACAUAAGUAUAUUCUAACGAUCAGAUACUCAAACGAGUUUUUAAAGUAAGGGCGCAUUUAAACUCAUGUUAUUCCUAUUUUGACUUUGAAUCUAACACGUCGCAGCACGAGUUUAAGAAGCCCUUGCUUUAAAAUUCGUUUGAGUAUCUGGGGGUAGGUGUAAAACAAUGAAAACCUUACUUACCACUUAUUCCGAGACAUUUGCUAAUUUCCUCCCAUGCAUUGUCUUUCAUUAUCCGAUCGCUAUAUGAUGGCUUGGUUAUGUCAAAUAAACACUCAUAUUUUGA